CACACACCGUGAACUUGUGACCUGCAGCCAUGCCGGAACCCAACGUGAAGGCGCCCAAGAAGGGCUCCAAGAAAGCCGUCUCCAAGACCGUCAGCAAGACCGGCAAGAAGAGGAGGAAGUCCCGGAAGGAGAGCUACGCCAUCUACGUGUACAAGGUGAUGAAGCAGGUCCACCCCGACACCGGCAUCUCCUCCAAGGCCAUGGGCAUCAUGAACUGCUUCGUGAGCGACAUCUUUGAGCGCAUCGCCGGCGAGGCCUCCCGGCUGGCUCACUACAACAAGCGCUCCACCAUCACCUCCAGGGAGAUCCAGACCGCCGUCCGCCUGCUGCUGCCCGGGGAGCUGGCCAAGCACGCCGUGUCUGAGGGCACCAAGGCCGUGACCAAGUACACGAGCUCCAAGUGAGACCGCUAGACCUCCAGCACAACGGCUCUUUUAAGAGCCACCCACUUUGUUCUGAAAGAGCCACGAUUCUGUGAUCCUGAUCACUGAGUUCAUCAUUCAGAACUAAAUGUAAAAUCAAAUCACAAAUGUUAUUUAAAUAAAAGGAUCGCAUGAA